AUGAGUAAUAAUAAAGCACAAAAAAACAAAUUUCAAAAAAAUGAUUCAGGCAGUGAAAUUGAUUUUGAGGAAGAAAUGAAAAAAAAUCAAGAUUUAGACAUGCCUAAUUCUUUAAUAACUAAAAUUAUUGAGAAUGCAAUAGGUAAUAAUCAAAUAGAGAAUAAUGCUAAAUUGGCUAUAAUAAAAUCAAUUACAUCUUUUAUAAAAUUGAUAAGUAAAAGUGCUAAUAAAACUGCAAAGGAUAAUAACCAUAAAAAUAUAAUAGCUGAUGAUGUAUUUAAAGCAUUAGAUUCUAAUAAAUUUAAGGAAUUUAUACCAAGGCUAAAAGAUGAAUUAAAAGGCAAUUAA